AUCUUCCGUCCAGAACAUCAUGGCGGCGUACAGCCUCUCCACAGACAGCACUACAAACAUCCCAGAUUAUGAAUACCUCGACGUGAACACCAAACCGUUUCACAUCGGCUCGUUCAGAGAAGAGUGGCUGAGCAGACUGAAGGCGGGAAACAGCUCCUACCGGCACGAGGACGACGACACGUUCGACGCUAACUUUGCUAAAGAGAUGGAGGUCGGGGUGGAGACCAUGACCGAGCUGAGAUCCGUCUGCAGUGUUGAUUCACUCCGUUGUCAUCCUGAGGAUCAGCAGCCCGACACAGACGUUGUACCUGCAGAUUCGACGCUUAAAACGCUUGAACAGAGGAAGAAGAGACAAGAUUACAAGGCUUCUCUGAAAGUCACUAAGAACAGACACGACCUGUACGCAGACGAACUGGAGCGUUUAACUUUCGGUAGGAAACCAGGAGCAGAGGCAGACCUGGUCCCAGAGGGAGAAGUCAUUCUAAGUAUCAACGUCUACUACCCUGCCACUUUUGAAAAAUUUACCUACGUCAGACCCCACAUGACUCUGCUGAUGACGGGCUCCCACACCUUGGCAGAGCUCAGGGACGCCAUCUGCUGUGUCAGCGACCUGCAGGUGUGCGGCGAGUUCAGCAACACGCCGGACAUGGCUCCAGACUUCAUCAGCAAAGAUCAUUUCAAGUCAGCGUUCUUUUACUUUGAAGGAGUUUUCUACAAUGACAUGCGAUUCCCAGAGUGUCAAGACAUCAGCAUCACGACCAUUGAAUGGGCAAAGACCCGUAACUUCCCAUCCUACAGCCAGGCCAAGAUGGAGGACACGCGGUUUGUGGACCUGAAAGUAAAGGUGGGCUUCCCGUACCUGUACUGUCAUCAGGGAGACUGUGAACAUCUCGUCAUCAUCACAGACGUCAGACUGAGCCAUAAGGACGACUGUCUGGACAAGAAGCUGUACCCUCUUCUCACUCACAAACACAGGGUCACCACCCAGAAAUGUGCAGUCUGCCAUGUCUUCAUUGGAAGAUGGGUCACCACCAACAAUCAGUUUGCUCCGAGCGACCCGUGUCUUUUCUGUGACAAGUGUUUCCGGAUGCUUCACUACGAUGCCGACGGCAACAAGCUGGGAGAUUUUCUGGCCUAUCCUUUCGUGGACCGUGGUGCCUUCAACUAAAGCUGCAGUGAACUGUUCACUUCACUGAUUUAAUGCUGUAUAAUACAGUUAUAUAUCUUUAUAUUUCAGAAAGAAAUGUCUUCAGAUUUUGGAAAUUAAUGUCUAGUUUAAAAAGAGAAAGUUUUUGUGUUUGAAAUAAACAGUAACAUUUACUGAAAAA